AUGAAAUCACCUUUACCUUCACCUUCACGUUCACCUUCUAGCAUUUCAUCUCCUCUUGCAAGAUUACGUCGUAAACUAUCUCCACGGAAAUCCCACAGUAACCCAGUUUCUCCCCCAGCUCCCACAAACGUUAACAACUCAACUAGUAGUACUACUAAUGUCAUUGGCAACAACGAGCUCCAAAGGGUCUUCAAUUACUUCGAUGAAGAUGGAGAUGGAAAAAUAUCCCCAGCCGAGUUGCAGAGCUGCAUUACCACUGUUGGAGGUCAGCUUUCCAUCGAAGAAGCUGAGGCUGCCGUCAGGUCCUCUGAUGUGGACGGAGAUGGGUUGUUGGGAUUCCAGGAUUUCCAAUGCUUGAUGGCAGGCAGUGUAACAGAGGAGGAGAAGACGGAGGAGCUUAAACAUGCUUUUGAAAUGUAUGAGACCGAGCCUGGCUCAGGCUGCAUCACUCCAACCAGCUUGAAGAAGAUGUUGAGUCGAAUGGGGGAGUCCAGGUCCAUCAAAGACUGCAAGGCAAUGAUCCGUGCCUUUGACCUCAAUGGAGACGGUGUACUUAGCUUCCACGAGUUUGCUGUCAUGAUGCACUAA